AUGGCUGUAGGGAAGUCAUUCCGAAGCAAAAAACUUAGCUUGAUUGAUCUCAAAUUGAAAAAUCCAUACAAGAGGAUUGGCCAAGAAACAAGGUACAAAUCAUAUGGCACGAUUGGCCAAGAAAUGAGGAAUUCAUUAACAUAUAAUCAAAAUGCCUUUUCAAGCUUGGAGAAAAAAAAAAGUAAAAAGGAAGGAAAAGAAAAGUAUCAUGAUUCGAUUUGGCUAAAAUUUGAUGAUGAUUUCGGUGAAAUUUUAAGUUCCCUGCAGCGAUGAUUGAGCUACCAAUUCUGUAUAUUUUCUGCUUUGAUGCCAAUCAAGCUAAAAAAUCGUUUACUUCAGAAUCAAUUCCCUUGCAGCCAUACUGAGCUACCAAAAUUGGAAAUUUUUAAUGUGACAUCAAAUGCUAACCUCAAGGGUUCCUUUCCUGAAUUUUGUAACAACCUACUUGAACAUGUUAAUUUAAACUUAGACAGGUUUCUUUGGGAUUGUACUGAAAUCUAUAAGCAACCUAAAACAUAGGAUAUAUUAUUGGUCCUUACACAAAGCUCUGUCACGCGCAAUAUAUGCUUCUAUAAAUAAAUACAUUCAUCAUCAUGCCAUGAAAGUCAUUUUGUCUCAUAUUCAAAACCAACAACGAGAAUUGCUUAAGCUGCCGAAACAGAAGGAAGGGUUCCACUCAUAUUAGAAGACAAAUCCGACACUCGAAGGGAUUUCACUUCACAUAUCAUUGGGUGUUGUUUAUCCUGUUAGCUAUUGGUAACCAACCUUUUACCUUGUACAUACAUUUCGUUAAGUUUAGUAAGCUUGCUAAGACAAUUGGGCAAACGUUCCUUUUUGAAUUUGUUAUGAUCAAAGCAAGACCUAAGGGAGCCGGUUGGCAGUUGCACUUAGUGAACUUUGAAGCACCUCGAGAAAGAGCACCGAGCACCGGGUAAGACCCAAUGGUAUCAAAUGGCUUUGGUUGCUUAUGGAUUCUGGUACAACCCCAAAGAAACUUGUGUAAGCUAGAUCCACAUGUUCAAGUAAGUUGUUACGGAAUUUAAGAAAGGAACCAGUGAGGUUGGUAUUGGAUAUCUCAUCAAGAAUUUUCAACUUUGGUAGCUCAAGUAUGGCUGCAGGGAAUUCAUUCUGAAGCAAAAUAUUUAGCUUGAUUGAUCUCAAAGUGAAAAACUCAUACGAGACACCACACGAUUGGCCAAAAAACAAGGUACAAUCGAUACCGUGGGACUGGCCAACAAACAAGGUACAGUUUGUACGGCAGGAUUCCCAAAGAAAUGAGGGUACUCCUUAGAUAUAUGCAUUCAUUAUUGGAUAGAAACUCAUGAAAUUUAUCAUGACGGUUGACCUACACGUGGAAAUAAAAGGGUAAAACGCUACCUAAAGGCACCCCACCAACUUAUCCAAUAGUCAAACAUGGGAGAGGGUGCAUGCGAAAAGUAGUUUACACAGGGAAUAGAAAUAAAACUCUUUAUUUGAAAAUUAAGUCAUGUGGGUGGAGAGAGUUUUGGACCCUGCAUGCGUGCGGAUUACUCGGGUUAUACACGGGUUAUACACAUGACCUUAAUUCAUGGCCUAAUAUGAAGAUCCGCUUUUCUUUUUUCACACAUAAAGGGAGUAUGUGGUUAGCUUAAUGUUAUUGAAAGUAAUAAUUUUUUUAAGGAAUUGUAAUAGGAGGGAAUUGGAAUACGAAGGAACUGUAAUGUCGCAUAUUUUGUUGGCAGAGUCGAAACGAAACUUAAUAAUAGA